UUAUUCAGAGCUUCCCAGAGUUUUCCAGAUUCCAUCCAGAUUUAUCCAGACUUGUACAGACUGAUCCGGAUUCUGGAAAAUGAUCCCCAGGUCUUUUGGGACCUUUUCCAGAAUUUUUCCGACCCCUUCAAGAAAUUUCCAGGCCUUUUCCAGACGUUUCCAGAGAUUUCCAGACUUUUCCAGACAAUAUCCAGACUUAUCCAGAGUUUUACAGACUUUAUCCAGAUUUAUCCAGACCUUGGUACAGACUGAUCCGGAUUCUGGAAAAUGAUCCCCAGGUCUUUUGGGACCUUUUCCAGAAUUUUUCCGCCCCUUUCAAGAAAUUUUCAGGCCUUUUCCAGACGUUUCC